UUCUUUCUCUCAGUUUGCAGUUCUGAGUAGUUUUGUCUCCUCCUCCCUCAUCACUUCUUUCAAACACAGGAAGUGUCUGGUUUCACACACAGAAAACAGUCGAUAAUGUGACAGUAUGGGGUCCAGUGCAUUGCUUCUCAUCUUGCUGAUGUCCUUCAUCCACUCUGAGCUCAAUCAACAUGCUGGAGAUACUGUGCAGUACUACAUGAAACCUGUAGUGAAGGUGACGCCAGAUCAGCGUGUGUUCAGAGGAGAGACAGUCACUCUCACAUGUGACAUACAGGGAGGAGGAAACAUUCAGUGGGCAUACAGCUGGUUUAAAGAUAGAAACCCUUUAAAUCCAUACACAACAACAGCUUCAGAGUUCAGUUUCACAGCUGAAGUGUCUUACAGUGGUGAAUACAGCUGUAGAGGAGUGAGAUCAGACUCACAGACAGACAUCAGUGCUGCUGUUACACUGACUGUAUCAGAUUUACCCACACCUACACUGACUGUGACACCUGACAGAUCUGUAUUCACUGGAGAGAGAGUCAAUCUGAAGUGUGUGAUAAACUCUGAUCACACUGACUGGAGAUAUGAGUGGAAUAAAGACAGUUCAAUGUUACAGGCAUCUGAGCGUUACACUGUAAACAGAGACACUCUCAGUAUUGUUGAAGCUGUUGAGUCUGAUCAGGGUUGGUACACGUGUAAAGGACACAUAGAUGGAAGAUCAGUUUCAUCACAAUCAAGCUCUGUUUAUCUCUCUGUGAAGGAUUUACCCACAUCUACACUGACUGUGACACCAGACAUAUCUGUAUUCACUGGAGAGAGAGUCAAUCUGAAGUGUGUGAUAGAGACUUACAGAUCCUGGAUCUGGAGAAAUUACCAGAUAAAUGACUGGAGAGACUGGACACAUGAGUGGAGAUAUGAGUGGUAUAAAGGCAUCAGAUCCAGUGUGAAGUUACAGAUGUCUGUGCGUUACACUGUAAACAGAGACACUCUCAGUAUUGUUGGAGCUGUUACAUCUGAUCAGGAUCAGUACUGGUGUAGAGGACUGAGAGAUGGAAGACCAAACACAUCACAAUCAAGCUCUGCUGUUUCUCUCUCUGUGAAGGAUAAACCAAAGCCAAUUCUGACUGUACGUCCCCAGAGUUCAGUGUUCACUGGAGACACAGUUACUCUCAGCUGUGAUGUGGGACAGUCAACUGGAUGGACUUUUCUCUGGAGGAAAGGCUCAGACCCUGAAUUCACUGGUCAUUCAACUAUAUCAGUCAGUUCUGUGAGAGUCUCUGAUGGAGAAACAUACCAGUGCAGAGCAGAGAGAGGAAAAUACUACACAGAGCUCAGUGAUACAAUUAAGAUAACAGUGAGAGGCAAGUGCUCUUUCACUUUGUAG